CGUUACCAAGGCCAUUGGGCGGAUCAUCACUUGCUUGGUGAUUGACAGCUGGCCUUGGCCAUCCACGACACCGCUUCUACCUUCGUGCCUUGAGCCCUUGGAGUUGUGACUGACAAGCCGUUUCCACCAACCACAUACGUCUCUUUAACAAUGAAGGCGGGGCCAAGUUUCUUGGCAGCCAACCGCAUUUUGCGGUGUAGAAGGCAGCGGGUGGGACGUCGUGUCAGUUUUGGGGGGCGCCAGCCGUUUACUUUUAACGGUUUUGAAUCCACGAAAAAUAAUAACCGAAGCGGAGAAACGGGGUUCGCGUAACCCGGAGCAGUACGGAGCGGCAGCGGACAGCUUGUGGAGAGGCCUCAGCGCCUGCGGGUCAUCCUAUACUCGGGGUUUCCGUGUCAUAUGCUGCAUAUCCCCAAGUGAACCCAACAUGCAGGGGGCCAGAUGGCCGUGACAGGAGGCAUGUGUCCCCGGACUGCCGCUACCACUGGGCCUUGCUGAGAGCCCGGUCUAGUGGGCCCGGAGGGAGGAAUUGGUGGGAAGACCCAGGACGGGAGGCAGUGUCCUCUUCAUCUCAGUGACCAGAAACCAGCUCACGAGGAUCCCCUUGUAGGGUGCCGCAAUGGUGGAGAAGCAGCGCUGUCCCCUGCAAAGGGACAGUGUGUACCGAUGGUUCUCUGAGCUCACUUCCUCCCAGAGGAUUGAGUUCCUGUGUGGCCUUUUGGACCUGUGUAUCCCACUGGAGUUGCGCUUCCUUGGCUCUUGUCUGGAAGACCUGGCCCGGAAAGACUAUCACUCUCUGCGGGAUUCUGAGAUCAAGGCCAACAACCCCGCUGACCUUGCCAGUCUCACCAACCUGACAGAUGAGAUGGUGCGGAGUAAGCUCCUGGUAUCGCUGGCGCUCCUGGCCUCUGACAAUCGGGAGGCUGCGGGUGUCCUGUGUCGCACCCUUACUCACAUUGACUCCAUCAUCAACAAUUAUGGACUUCAACUCAAUGACGGCCGCACUGGAGAUGAGUUUCUGCUGCUCUUCACCAUGGCCACCAACCACCCAGCCUUCAGCUUCCACCAGAAGCAGCUGCUGCGGAAAGAGCUCGCUCACAUCCAGGGCAGGCACAGCGCCGCUGGGGCAACCCAUACCAGCACAGCCAGCGUAUCGACGGCCACCACUACCACGGUUACCAGCAGCAAGGUGACUGCCGGCUGCACUAAAGGUACUGUAAGGGUGGAGAAUCCCACUGCCAGCGUGGGGAACAGUUUAGCGAAUGCACUACACACAUCAGCACAUUCCACAGAAGAAUCGUUACCUAAGCGGCCUUCCGGAAAGCACUCCAAAGUGAAUGUUGAGAAAAUCGAAGUGAAAGUAUUACCGCACAAGAAGAAGGAGAAGAAUUCAGACUGCUGUUUUGAGGUUUUGUGGUCUGAUUCCUCUGUAUCGUUGGUAACCAAAUCCACUACAGAAAUCCUGGAACUCAUUUCUAAGCUUUCCCAUGUGUUCCCAGAAGAGAACCUGGAGAAAUGCAUUCCUUAUGGCAUUAGGAUGGACUCCUAUUCCAUGGAUCGGAAUCACGCAGACCUUGAGUUCGAUCUUCGGUAUUUGGUAUCUUUGCCUUCCCAUGUGCUGAAAAGCGACCUGAUCAAGAAAUUUUUUAGUAAUUCACCCAGCCCCCAACAACACCAGAGCUUAAAUCCUAACAGUACUUCCCAUCUUAAAGUCAGCAAUCCAGUGGGCCCAUCCGUACGACCAAUAUGUGGUGUCGCCAGUAUCCAGUCUUCCCAGUGCAGCAGCGCAUCGCACCACAGCUCCGUGACCCUGUCCCCCUGUUCACAUUCUGGAAGCUCGAGCUCCGCUACGGUAGUGUAUCGCCCCCCUACUGAAUCCACUCCCAACGUGCCAAGUCCGCAAACUCAAGAACAACAGGAAAUCCUGGAGUGGCUCAGGAAAUUGCGUCUUCACAAAUACUAUGCCGUCUUCAGUCAACUUUCCAUGAAAAAAUUUUUGAGUCUCACUGAGGAAGAUUUGAAUAAAUUUGAAUCGCUAACCAUGGGAGCAAAGAAGAAGCUGAAAACACAGCUGGAGUUAGAGAAGGAGAAGUCUGAGAAGCGGUGCCUCAAUCCAGCCCCGUGUACUACUUUUAACAGCAGCGGGGUGGCGAGGGUUCCCCCUACUAGCCACGUGGGGCCUGUGCAGAAUGUUCUUUGUAGCCACUCCACAGAGCUGUCUGUGGAUGUAGAGCCACCAACUCACCAGAUGCCUCAAGAGGGCAGUUCAUCUUCAGAAUACUCCAGUUCUCCCUCGAGCCCCAUGGGUCUCCAGACGCGCGAGGAAAGCUCAGAUAGUUCGGAGGAAAUGGACAGACGUCUUGGAAGGCCUUUGGACUGUGGAGAGAAAGAGAAGUCUGUCUUAUUGGUCAAUCACUUCACUUCAAAUUCCAUUCGUCCGACAGCUCAGGUUUUGCCGGUUCAGAAUGACACAGUAUCCGGCCCUUCUGGUCAUCACCCUCUGCCGCUUCCAAUGAUUUCAGGAACCCCCAUUCAUCUUAUGAACACAAUCCACAAAUCAGAGAGGGGAAACUCAGAGCUAAAGCUGCACCAGUCGUCUUCACACUCUCUUCUGGCUUCAGAAGAAAGAAGCAAAGGUUCAUCUGGACCCAGAGGCAGCAUUAAAAUAGAAAAGAGUUUUGCGAACAUGAUUGUGGAUGUCAAACCCUCACCGGGUCCGUUGCAACCGGGCCAUGUUCUUUCCAUAAUGCCUGAUGGCAGCACAAUGCAGCAGACUAUUGGCUUUAGUGUCCGAGGCAAAGUUGGAAACUCAACCUCCGGAGAAAGGAUGAUCAAGCAGACCCAGCAGCCAUCAUUAAUGGCGGAAAGCAGUGCCCCCAUCACCCUGGCGUCCGCUCCGGUCUUCCAUGUUUCGCGCGCACCAGUGAAACUUCUUGUAUCCUCUGCUGAUGCUUCCGUGGUUGGCCAAGCUGCAUGCUCCAGUGUCUCUCCUGCAAUAUUAAAUCCCCGAAAUGUUCUUUAUACAGCCAAUACCAAAGUUGCCUUUUCUGCUAUGAGCGGCAUGCCGGUAACCCAAAUGCCAGGCAACUUCUGUGCAAAUAGCACAGCGUCUUCAAGCAGCCAUGCCUCGCCUGUGUUUGCCAGCGGGGCCAAUAUCUCAAGCUGCCCAGCCCCCAGCUCGAGCCCUGCAAUAACGUCAGUGUCCGAUAGCAGUUAUUAUAGUGGCGCCGGAAAUACACCUUCAGUAAAUAUCCAGGUAGCCGGCCAGACACCUGCCCACCAUCACUUUCACCAGCCCCAGCAGCAAACAGGUUGCACAGUGUGCAGCUCUUGUGGCUGCAGCGGAAACUGCGGCUCAGCUGGCAUGGCUGUCAACUAUGGCAAUUACUUCCAGCAUCCCUUUUCGGCACCCUCGAUGUUCCCUUUCCCCCUUCUGCCGUUCAGUCCUGUGUGCAAUAAUGGCUACAUCAACACCCAGCAAUACAGCAACAGCGCUACCUUCCCUGUAGUCCACGCUCCCUACAACAAUAGCCUGAAUCCAGAUUCCAUGCUUUCGGGGCAGCCCAGCUUUGCCUUACCCACCAUGCAGAACUUUAUCCCGGGCACGGCAGGGGUGUACCAUCCUCAGGGAAUGAUGGGAUCCAUGAACGGCACAGCUCACAAAAAGAACGCAAACCUUUCGUGUUACAACUGCGGGGCCAGCGGCCACCGAGCUCAGGACUGUAAGCAGCCGUCGAUGGAUUUUAAUCAGCCAGGUACCUUCCGUCUUAAGAUUGCUCCUCCAUCAGAUGGCCUGGACUCGGCGGAAUGAACCCUACGCUUGGCGUUAAAAGCGUGAUGCGUCCUCACUCGUAGCUUUGAUGAGGUCCGUCGUGCCUAAAGGUGCUUUACUUUUACCCAGACUGGAGUGAAACAUCUUCAGAGACUGUAUUUCUUGCCAAAUUCUUCUCCUAGAAUAUCAUUUUAUUUUUUAAAGGUUUCGUGAAGAACCCGGGCUGAGUCAGCCUUUUGCGCUUUUUUUUUUAAAUGUAAAACCUGAGAUGAGAAGAUUUUCCAGACGAAGAGUUGACAUUGAUAUUUUUUAUUUUGUGACGGGCAGCUAUCGUACAAUGUCAAAAGUAAUGUCUCAAACCUCCUCCAAGUGAGGGAAACUGUCCUGAGAAACGUUUGCUUAAUGAAAUGCGUUGAACGCAUAUUGUGCUACAUAAAAUAAUAAUUCUUCAGGAAGUAAUCACUGGGAUUUCUUUUUUGUAUUUUUUUUUCUUUUUUGACGAUUGCACUAGGGAAGAAAGUAUAUCUAUUUUUUUUUCCUGGAAACUCAGAUGUUCCCAGGAUAUAAAAUUACUUUAAACCGUUAACA